CUUACACCUGGCCGCCAACCACGCGGAGAACAGCCUUCCGCCUCACCAGACAAGUAUGGAGUAACCUUCCCAGCUGCCCCACCGAGGGGCACUGGGAGGGAGGGAGGGAGGCCGUGAGGGGUGCAGUUCAACCGGGGUUGAUUCCCCCAACCUACAAAACUAGACCACCUCUCCCAAUUCCUAGCUUCUCCUCCUUCUUUUUCUAAACAACAUUCCCCUCCUCACCCGCACCACAAUCCCACCACACGACCACCACCACCCUCAAUCCACACAAUCAACCGCCACAAUGGUUUACACAAUCGUCGUCCACAUGCGCGCCAAGCCCGACGAGGAGAGCAUCAACAAGCUCCACGCCAAGCUCCUCGAGGCCUCGGCCGUCUACUCCAAGGAUAAGGAGACUCUCUCGUGGUUCGUCAUGCAGAGCGUCCACGACAAGCAGGAUUUCUGUAUCGUCGAGCGCUACCUGAACGAGGGCUCGCAGAAGUACCACCUCGAGAACCCUUACUGGAAGACCUUCGAUCCCUACGUCAUCCCGCUGUUGGAGAAGGAGAUGGAUUUGCGCCGGUUUGAGGAAUUGGUGCCCGGGGAGGAGCAGAAGUAGUAAGAAUCAGAUACAAGAUAUUGGGUUUCUGAGAUGGGUGGACGGUGGGGGGGAUGCGAGUGUACAUAUAUGGCGCGGUUUUUGAUUAAGGGGUUGCUUUUGGCUGGGUCCCUCUGAAGAGAUCCUGGUGACGUGAAUGCAAAUAUUUUCGCCCUUUGGUGACUGGGUUUGCGGUAGUAGGGGUGAGGAUGGGGAGGUGCAUCGAGGUUCAAAAUGCUGCAGUGAACGUAGGUAGAUAUGGGAAAUUUACGCAUGGCAGAU